AAAAUAAACCUUCCAAACAAACUAACCAGACAGUAUCCAACUUAUGAGCUGUAUUUAUAUGGAGAAGGGAGCUAUGCCCAAGAAAACAAAAAUCUUUUGUUGUCAGGGAUUCCAGUUCUUUUUCUUCCUGGUAAUGCUGGAAGUUAUAAACAAGUGCGUUCUCUUGGCUCUAUAGCACUUAGAAAAGCAGAAGACAUUGACUUCAAGUACCAUUUUGAUUUCUUUAGUAUAAACUUCAAUGAAGAGCUGGUGGCACUAUAUGGUGGAAGUCUUAAGAAGCAAACAAAAUUUGUUCAUGAAUGCAUUAAAAUAAUCCUUAAACUAUAUGAGGGACAGGAUUUUGCACCAAAAAGUGUUGCAAUUGUUGGUCAUUCCAUGGGUGGCCUUGUUGCAAGAGCAUUGCUUACAAUAAAGAAUUUUAAGCCAGACCUGAUUAAUCUUCUAGUUACCCAAGCUACACCUCAUACCGCACCUGUAAUGUCAUUAGAUGGCUAUCUCAAUGAUUUUUACAAAACAGUAAACAAUUAUUGGAUUCUGAACGCUCAGGACUUAAAGCUAAUCACCCUCUCUGUAGCUGGAGGGUUCCGAGAUUAUCAAGUUCGAUCAGGACUGACUUACCUAACAAAACUAAGUCAUCAGACCAAGACUCUAUCUGUUGUGAGCUCAGCAGUACCUAGAACUUGGGCUUCAACAGAUCAUCUCUCUAUAGUUUGGUGUAAACAAUUGCAGUUGGUUACAAUUAGAGCUUUCUUUGACCUUAUCGAUGAUGAUACCAAACAGAUAACUAUGAAACCCAAAAAGAAGAUGGCUGUUUUGAAUCACCACUUUGUAAAAAAUCCAGCAAAGCUUUUUGAAGAAACUCCUAAUAUAGUUGCUGAUUUAACAGGGACAUCUAAGUGGGUUCCAGUGAAAGUAACAAAGUGGACCUUUAUGGCUUUUAAUGAGUCUUAUGCGAUGUAUUUUGCAUUUCCUCUCUCAAAUCACAGAAAAACCUACAGCCAUAUAUACUGUCAGAACAGCAUAUUGGACACACAUAGUUGGGUUUAUGGCUGUAUUAACAGUGUUUCAAUGUGUACUCAAGGUGUUGACCUGUCAUGGAAAAGUGAACUACUACCAACAAUGAAGACUUUCAUGUUGAAACUCCAAGAUUAUCCAAAAUUGUCUCAUCUUGUUGUUUAUGUACCAUCUACUAAUGGAAACAAGUUUGUUGUAGACUGUGAAUUUUUUCAAAUAGACUUAAGAACUGUACAGCUUCCUGUAACUCAUCUCUUUUCUUUUGGAUUAACUUCAAGGCAGAUCCAAUUAAAUUCAAAUGGCUUAUUCUACACUAUACCACUCCUGAACUUUGCACAGAUAUACCAAGCUUUCAAAAUCGAUGUAAAGAGCAAAUGCACAUCAACCAAAGUAGAAAAAAAUAAUGUCUUUAGACUGCAUAUACCUUGGUCCCAUGAAGACUCAAUGACUGUUUCAAAAGCCCCAACUUCUACAGAAAUUUCUUUAAAACUUAAUGUUGCACAGCCAGAAAAUGAUAGCCAUGUAGCUGUGUUACAUAUGUUUACAUCAUCAGAGUGUCGCUAUGAGGUAACAGUUGGACUUCGUUUUUUACAAAUUCUUGGACAGGUAAGAAAUUUUCACGGUGGAGCUCUUCCUGCCUAUAUCAUGUCUAGUAUCCUCCUUACUUGAGGACAGUUACAGUCCCUUAGUUCAACAGGCCAUUGUUUGGAUUAUACCAGUAUGUUGGAUAAAGAAGCCAAACCAUACAAAGUUGAUCCUUUCGUAAUAAUUAUGAAAUUCAUGUUAGGAUAUUCAUGGUUUAAACAAAUUUGGGAUAGUUUCUCUUGCCAGAAUUAGAUGCCAUUUUCUGAAUACUCAAAGUAUGGUUUCCCACUUGUAUCAUUGGUCCUCUUUUUAUUUGGAACCAGUAUUGCAAUCUGGGGUGGCCAUCUCUCAUCUUUAUCUGUGAGGCUUCUUUCCCUAUUGUGGCUAACCUUAAUGAGACCUUCUGAAAUCCCUAAUGACCCCAGGUUGAUAACAACAAGAUUAUCAUUUAUGAUUGUGCUUCUGCUAAUAAUCGGUUGGACAACUUGUGGAGCACUUGCAAUACUUCUCAUCUAUCUUUACUAUGUGUUUAAGAUUAUUAACUUGUACUCCAACAUAACAACAUUGAAAAAAACCUCUGAUAUGACUCCAAAUGUCUCUGAAAGAGAUGGAAACAAUACAAAUUCUUCCAUUGAAGAAACAGAGAAGAACGAUGAAUCUGAGCAAAACCUUCCUCCAAACCCAGAUGUACUUCCUAUAAGUUUAGCCAUUGAUAAUGCUGAAGAUAACUUUAAGAUGCAUAUUACUAUUGUUAACUUAGUAAUAUGGGUUGUAUUACUCAGUAUGCCAUCCUUAAUUUACUGGCUAAAGAAUCUCAGGUAUUAUAUUAGACUUAAUCCUGAUCCAUGUAAGCAUCUGUCAUUUUUCCUCGUUCCAACUCUUGGAAUUCUUGGGAAUUCUGACAUUGUUUCAGUAAGGUCAAGUAAACUGUUGAAGACCGCUGCACAGUUUCCACUCGUAGUGGCCAUUGGUGUGGUUGCCUUUGGGUCUACACACUUAUACAGAGUGCCAUACUUCGUAGUCAUUCCUCUUUUAUUCCACAUGUUGUCUAAUAUUUGAUUUGAGAAAUAGUAGGGGUACUUUGGCUCUUCAUGAAGGUAACAAGAAAGAAAAACACAUGGACUCAUCAACUCAGACUGCAGGAUCCUUUGGAGAAGACAAGUCUAUUUUUACAAUAUGAAAAUUCAAAACUAGUUUUGUAACCCCUAAGGAAAGUGUUUGAGGCAUGGUUUUGUUUUUGUGUUAUAGUAUUUGUCUACUGAUCAUUUUGAAAAAUGAACAUAUAAAGAGUUUAGUGGCCAAAAUCCUUCUCAAGAUUUUAAUUCCUGUGCAUACCAGUCUAUUUGGUUUAUGAUGCUAAUGAUGUUUUUAUAGUCUAGAUUCAGUAAAUAAGCAUUUUGCUCUUUCAUCCAGUUUUUCUACUUAAAUAUGUGUUCCUUUGUAUUUACUAUAGUUUGUAUAUUGAGAAUCAUAUCUUAAAGAGGAGAAUGAAAUUCAUAUCAGUUUCCUUAGAAAACAAAAUACCCAAGAAUACUUUUUGAUCAGUUUUGAGAAACCACAUUUAGGAGGUGUAUUGUUAACAUUCCUUUAUUUCUAAAGGUUCUAUUUGCUUUGAAUUUUUCUUGGCCUUCUAACAAGAUAUUUUUCAGUAACCUUUCAUCAAGAGCUCAGAGGUUGAAGAAUUGGUCUUUUUGUUAUUUUCCAAAUGCCGACUGACAUUUUGUAUUGAUGACAAAUACCUUAAGGCUCCUAAAGAUUGCUAGUGUUUGGGUCAUAAGAAAAACAAUUUGGUCAUAGUUAUUCAUAUACUGGCAUUGAAUUAAUUAUUUCAGUCUGUGCCUUCAUCAAACCUAAGUUUGGUUCUUUGCAACUUUCACCCAUUGCUUCUUGUUCUGUCCUUUCGGGCCAAACAGAACAAGCCUAAUCCAUCUUUCACACGAUGGCCCUUCAAAUACUUGAACAGACUUCUCUAUCCUUUCCUCUUCCCCUAGCAUCUUAUAUUCUUUGGGCUAAAACAUGUCCCAGUUUCAUCAGUCUUUUUGUAAAACUAGACGGAAGUGCCCUUCAGUUUUCUGGCUGCCCACUCUGAACACUGUUUUAUUGAUGUCCUCAAGUGGUGAUGCCUGGAAACUGGACACAGUGCUCCAGAUGAGGUCAGUGACUGGAAGAUCCAGAGAGACGAUAACCUCUUUAUUUCUGGAAGCCAUGCCUCUCAACUCAGCCCAAGAUCACUUGAUGCUUUUUGGGCAGCCACAUCACACUGCUGACUCAUCUUGUACUUGCAGUCCAUGAAAACCCAUGGAUCUUUUUCAGAUAAACUGUCAUUCAUUCCUCUUCCAUCAUGUAUUUGUGAAACUUUACAUUUUUUGUAACCAGUGAAAUACCUCCUGAAGUCCAUCUUUUAGACUCAGCCCAUUGCUAGUCUGUCCGUAUAUUGAAUCCUGACUAUUGUCCACUUUCUUAGCUAUCCCUCCCAACUUUGUGUCAUCUGCAGAUUUGAUGAGCAUGCCAUCCAUGCUUUUUUAAUCAUAUUUUAUUUUUCCCCGGUUACAUGUAAAGAUAAUUUUUAACAUUCAUUUGAAAAAAAAUUUGAGUUCCAAACUUCUCUCUCCCUCCCUCUC